UGCACUGUUUCACCCUCCCUAUCUUCUUAUGAAUUUUAAAUCUGACUGCAAGAUUAUAAUUUAUUUUUAAUUCACUUUUGUUGGGUUUCGAUUUUGUGAAAAUGGAAUUGAAGCAAUUAGUAAUGGGCUCAGAAUCGAACUCAGGGACAUCGUCGUCAUCAACAUCAUCACCUUGUGGGAAGCGAGCUAGAGAUCCCGAAGAUGAGGUUUACGUCGACAACCUCCACUCUCACAAACGCUACCUCAGCGAGAUAAUGGCGUCGAGUUUGAAUGGUUUGACGGUUGGAGAUCCACUCCCUGAGAAUCUAAUGGAAUCUCCGGCCAGGUCGGAAAGCAUGUUUUAUCUCAGGGAUGAAAUGUCCUUACAGUAUUCACCAAUGUCAGAAGACUUCGAUGAUGCUCGAUUUUGUGAGAACCCCAUAAGCACCUGCUCCUCCCAACCUGACAGUGUGCCCACCAGUCCUGUCUCUCCAUAUAGGUAUCAAAGACCACUCAUUGGAUUCUCUCCUGGACCUUCCAUGAGUUCAUACCCUUCACAUGGCUGUGCUGUUGCUACAGUCACUUGCUCACAAACUCGUCAACGAGGCUCGGAUUCUGAGGGCCGGUUCCCAUCAUCACCUAGCGAUAUAUGCCACUCAGCUGACUUGAGGAGGGCUGCUCUCUUACGGUCUGUGAUGAGAACCCAACCUCCUUGGCCAUCAUCCUAUGAACUGGCAUUUGGUUCAGGGCAAGAUCCUGUACCUAAUAUAGAAGCUGAAGAUCGACAAUGCUCAGAUACGAAUAUGAAGUCUUUAGAUGAUGAGAGGGAGUAUCAAAUUGAAGAGUGUUCUUCAAUGGCUAUGCCAUUGUCUGAUUUCAAUCGAGAGACAACUUGCAGAGCCUUGAAUGUGAAUGUAAAAGAUGAUGAUUCUGGGAAAUAGAUUCUUCGGGAAUGCAUUCGGAAGACGAGCUCUAAUCUCAUCGUGGGCAUCUUUUCGCUGUUGUUGGAUCACUGGUGCUUGUGUUGGUUCAAAGUGAUUAUUUCAGUGCAUGCCCCAACAGAUCUUGGUUGGUUCUUCUCCCCUGGGAAAUUGUUAAGUCCCUCAUUAUUUAAUGCACCGGAAAGGCCAUGGAUUACUUAAUCCUGUCUCUAGCAGUUUCAUUACAAAAAAGCAGAAAUUUGAAGUGAAUUAUGUCAAAUGAGCCGUGCUCGAUGCGUGUGAUUUGUUAGUGCCCCAUAGAUUGAGCUUUUCUCCCCAUGAUUACCUGGAAGACUGCUUGAGCUAUUGGUGAAAUUUAUAAUGAAACCGAAAGUUUCAGUAUUGUC